AUGAGAGUCCUCAUCAUCGGUGCAGGUCUCGGCGGCCUCGCUUGCGCCAUUGCGUGUCGAAGAGAGGGUUUCGAGGUGGUGGUUCUCGAGAGGGCGAGUAGUCUGGCUCCGAAAGGGCUGUCCACCGUCUCCCAGAUUGGCGCAGGUCUCCAAUUACCGCCCAACGGAAUGAGAAUCGCCAGGCAGCUCGGCUACGUCGACAAGCUCCUCCGGUCCGGUGUCGUCCUCGAGGAGGUGGGGUUUUGCCGGUACGCCGACGGCAAGCAUCUCCGUGUGCUCCCGACCAAGGCCGCGCAAGCCCGGUACGGCGAACCCUGGAUGGUCGUCCACCGGGCCGAUUUCCAUGCCGUGCUGUGGCAGACGUGCGCGGAGCUUGGCGUGAGUCUCUGUCUGGAUAUGGAUGUCGAGCGUAUCGACUUUGAGAACAAGGUUGUUCAUCUCGAGGACGGGGAUGAUAUUGCAGGGGAUGUGAUUAUCGGAGCUGAUGGUCUGUGGUCUGUCUGUCGCGACCAGCUUCUUGGUUCGCCUUCGCCUGCUGUCGAGACGGGUGACUUGGCAUACCGUGCUACGUUCCCCGUCGGCUAUCUCAAAGAUCUCGAGGACCCCCGGGUGGACGAGCUCUGCGCCCGGAAGCGGGUCACGAUGUGGAUGGGACCCGACAGGCACACCGUGUUCUACCCCGUCAGAGGCGGGCGGGAGUUCAACCUCGUGCUCAUCAGGCCGGACAAUAUGCAGGCGGGGGAGAAGCGCACCGAGGGCGACAUUGAGGAAAUGAGGGAAAGCUACCGCGGAUGGGAUGAGACAUUAACCAAGCUCAUAUCAUUGAUACCGAAAGUACAAAAGUGGAAGCUCUGCACACAUCCCGAACUGGAGACAUGGACAAAGGGCUGCUUCGCCCUCCUGGGCGACUCGUGCCAUCCAAGCCUCCCCUACCAAGCGCAAGGCGCAGCCAUGGCCGUCGAGGACGGCGCCGUGAUCGGGAAGCUCCUGGGCCUCCUCAAGGACGCGGCGGGGCCGGAACACAUGCAAGUCCAGGUGCCCGAGGUCCUCAAGCUCUACGAGACGCUUCGGAAAAACCGGACAACGGUCAAUGUGCAGGGCGCGACCUCGAAUCGGAAAUGGUACCACGUGCACGACGGUCCGGAGCAGGAGGCCCGCGAUGCGGAGUUGGCGGGCACCCCGCUCAAGGACGGCCUGUCGCCGACGGGGUGGCGGUUGAUGGACCCCGACUAUGGAAUGGAGCUCAUGGGGCGAGACACUGUCGCCGAGGCUGUGGAGGCGUUUGAAGAGUGGAAGCAAAGGAGGGCUUAG